AUGAGGACAGAUGAAACUCGUUGUACUGCAACCGUUUGGCUUUUAUACGAUGUUCAUAUUGACCCAGUCCACGAGACUUCCUCCCUCGUGUUGGGUGAAAACACACCAACCCAUUUGGCCGGCCUCUAUUGGAAACCAAAAGAUGCUCUUCAGUGUCUACACAACGCUAUCCGCGUCGUCAAUGCGAUGAUGGCAGUUGGCAUUGACUACAAUAUACAGCCGACUGAAAUCACCAAGCCACAUCCAAUCGGCCUGCUCUUGCUUUGUCUUCAUCUCUUUCGCGUGCUUCCCGGCUAUGCAAUCACUGAUCAGAUCGAACUAUCUGGUAGGCUAUCUUUAUGUUAA